CAACUCCAGCGAGGCAUCCAUUGAAAGUCGGAAGUUGGGUUUGAUAGUUUGUGAAACUUGACAAAAUGGCAGAAGACAACAGUUAUGAGUCAAUGCUCUGCGUUAAGCCAGAGGUUCAUGUUUAUCGGAUCCCUCCGCGGACUUCUAACCGUGGAUAUCGUGCUGCGGACUGGAAGCUGGAUGAACCUGCAUGGAGUGGUAGGAUGAAAAUCACCGCCAAAGGCAAGAUGGCCUACAUCAAGUUAGAGGACAGAAACACAGGAGAGUUGUUUGCUCAAGCUCCAGUCGAACAGUAUCCAGGGUGUGUUGUUGAAGCAGUCACAGACUCCAGCAGGUAUUUUGUGAUCCGGAUAGAGGAUGGAAAUGGACGUCAUGCUUUUAUCGGUCUGGGUUUUGCUGAUCGUGGAGACUCAUUUGACUUCAACGUAGCUUUACAAGAUCAUUUUAAGUGGGUGAAGCAAGAAGGUGAGCUCGCAAAACUGGAAGCUUCUGAGAGCACAGCACCGAAGUUGGACCUCAGCUUCAAAGAGGGACAGACAAUCAAGAUCAGCAUUGGGAACAUCAAGAAGAAGGAAGCUGGUGGUGCCAAAACACGCCCAAUGGGUGGGGGUCUCCUCCCACCUCCACCAGGUGCAAAGGCUGGAGGUUUAUUACCACCUCCUGUGGGACAGCAGGCAGUGUCAGCUGUACAGACUAAUGCUGCCCCUCUCUUAGAUUUUGGGUCCUCCGCCCCUGCAGCCCAACCCAGCUCCGACUUGUGGGGAGAUUUCACAUCUGCCGGCUCCAACUCCAGUAAAGAUGCUGUCAAAUCAGGAUGGGUGCAGUUUAGUUGAGUGGUGAGAAAGCCUUGCACACACUCAGGUUCCAUACAUUCCAUGGACUGGACGAUUGUGGCAAAAAGAAACUGAGAGUGAGGAACUGGUAGUAAACUUGACUGGCUCAUUCACUGCACCUGUUCUGUAAAGAAUCUGUUCAUACAAACUAAAGCCCGCUGACCAACACACUCUGGAGGAUUAAACAGUACGAUGUUCGUAUUUCUUUUUUUUACAGUUAUAGGCUUUAUUUCCACACUCUGCUAUGCAGUGGAAGUCUUUCCUUCCUUUCACUGUAAAUCUGUCCAGAAAUCAGAUUUUGUCCCUCUUUUCCUCCUCUUUACAACAUUAGACUCCAUCAUACAGUUAUCUCAUUACACCACUCAUCUCAAGGUUGUAUGUACCAUUUGGGAAAGUUAAAUGGUUUACCUAUUGAAGUGUCCAUGUUGUGUUUAGCCGUAUACCAGUAUGUGUGUGUGUGUGUUCUGUUUCCUGGUAUUUUUUUAGGAGAUCUUGUAAAGCUAUGUCGAUAUUAGAUGAUUAGUUUUACAUGAAACAGAAGCCUUCAUGUAUAAAUACCCACAUUUUUAAAAUCACAGCGUUGGGGGGGGUUGACGAUUGCCAUUUUGUCUCUCGUUCAAAGUCUGAACAUGCUUUGUUGGUAUGCUCCAGUUUUUUUUUUUGUGUACGUUCUUCAUAUGUCUUUACCUCGUGUGUUGUUGCUUUUUAAAAUGUGCCUUUUACCAAAUUGAAAUUUCCUCUAUCCUGUUGCUAAUUUGCAUUGAAUAUUUGAUUAAGUGCCUUUCUGAAAAAGAUCUAAAAUGUAUAAAUGUACGUCUUCUUGUAAAUAAACAGUAUAUUUCA